AUCCGUUUGACUCUUGUUGUCACUAUUUUUCUGUUUGUCAUGAUUUGUCCCUAACCCCGCUGCUCAGACAUCUUCCAGGACAGCAACCAGGUGCUCUUCCAGAUGUGUCCGGGCCUGAAAGAUGUCCCGUGUGGACGCACAGUGCACAUGGGACAGUCUGAAGACCCCCGCUGCCCGCUGCACCUCACCCUGCCGCCCCCCAUGUUCCAGCCCGAGCAGGAGCCCCCCCCACAGGAGCCCAUCACCACCGCAAGCAGAGACAUGUACCUGAGUGCAGCAGAGCUUCAGCCCACAGAGAGCAUGCCCCUAGAGUUCAGUGAUGACCUGGAUGUGGAAGGGGACGGGAUGCAGGGUCCGCCCUCCCCCCUACAGUUUGACACGGCCCUGGCCCUGGAGGACCACACCAUCAGAGCCAUCGCUGAGGCCCCCAUGGACAUCCUGAUGGGAGGAGACCUGGACCAGGCGGACCUGGACGCCUCGGGACACGAGCUCUCAGAGAGAGACAUGGCUGCCAUCAUGCAUGAGCAGGUUAACUCUCGAUCAGGGGCGCCUUGAAUAUCACAAAACUCUCUUUUAAAGAUGGCACCCAUACACUGAAAUAACAACAAUCUGUAUGCAUUGUGUGGGUCUAAUAAAAUGUUGGCCACAAUCUGUCAAUACAAGAUCAA